GUUACCCAAAAUCACACCAUACACCUUUUACUUUCCUCUCAAUCAUUCCACUUGACGUACACCCUCUUUGUCACCGCCCUCAAAAAGAUUCGAACCACUGGAAUUUCCAGAAGCUUCCAAACUUCAAUUCUAGGGUCUGGCCUAAUAUGGAUUGGGGAAAUGUGAGUACAGAGGAUCUAAUUGAGGCUCUACGAGAAGUAGAAUGGUCAUCUCCACCACGUCCACUUUCUGAGUUUUUCUCUAGGUUUACUUUCCCAAGAUCUUAUUCCAAAUGGAACAGUCGCCUCAAGUGUAAUCUCUACUAUUACAGGACGAAUUACUUUAUUAUGAUUGUGGCUAUUCUUGCAUUGGGGUUGCUAAGGAGGCCACUUGCAAUUGUUGCUGCGCUUUUGACAGCGCUUAAUAUUGCUUUUCUAAAUGACAGUUUUGCAGGUACCUUCAGUGAAAAGGUGACAAGAACUGUCAGACAGUUUUCACCUCAUUUAGCUGCAAAAAUGAGGCCUGCACUCACGCCGGUUAUUCGAGGGCGUCCAUCCACUAAAAGAGCAAUAUUCAUUUGUGGAAGGCCUCGUUGGAUUUUUGUCUUUGUAUUUUCUAUAGUGAGUUUCUUCCUCUGGUUUGUUUCCUGUGGCCUCUUAACCGUCUUUUGGGCUUUUGGUAUAGGCCUUCUAGCCACGCUUGCUCAUGCAAGCUUCAGGAGUCCUAAUCUGAAGGCUCGCCUCAAUACAUUCCGUGAAGAAUUCCGAGCUGUCUGGCGCAACUAUAGUGAGCUGUAGCUUCAGUGAAGUUCCAGUUUCUCUACCAUGAUCUGCCAUUAGAUGUGCUGAUUCGUUCAUUAUAUUUUUCUUUGGCUUAUCUGUAAAUUAACAUGGUCUAAUCAGUCUUGAAAUAGUGACAAAUAUGUGUGUUCGGCAUUUUACAUGCUUGCUAGAUUAAGUCUCUUUACCUUUCUCCAAAGAAAUGGAAAAUAGUGUUCGAUCCUGUAUUUUCGAGAUAUCUCAUCUCUCUCCAGUUUGGUAUGGAAAUACUGAAAUGCUUACCAACUUGAUUAAA